AUGGAGGCGGACGCAGCGGUAUCGCCGCCUAGCAUCGAAAUCGACGAUGGCACAAGCUGUCUUAUCUGCUACGAGGACCUGAUACUGAGCAACGCCGUUGCCUACAAGGCCACUGAGGACGCCGAAUGGGCACUCUCCACCUUCUGCAUCGACUGCAUCAAGCAACUGCUGGCGACGCAGUACGAGAGGUACAUCACUUCGCUGCGUACGACCAAUUGCGCCAAGGAACAACGCGCCCUGCUGGAACGUGGACCCCCAGUCAACAUAUCAGACCACUUGGGGUUCCCGCUAGCGGAAAAGCGCGAAGUCUACGCGUUGUACGACAUGGGCCAGCAGGCUCCGCUGUCGGCGAAACUUGAAGGUAGCGUGACUGGCGAGGAGAGGGAGCGGCUGUGGGAGGAGCUCAGCAAGUUCAAAUUCAAGGGCGACCACGAGGAGUGA